AAUAAAAUAAAUCGUCGUUACUCGUAAGAUUAAUCUCUUGUUCAUGUUUGGAAUAUUAUCGGUUGUUGUAAAAGCAGCAUACAGUACAACACGGUUUUAAAUCACAGUCUUGAAUUUUAGACCAAACUCUUCAGAUUACAUAUUAACAAAAUUAACCGUAAUCAAUCUCGAUAUUUAAUUUUAGAUUGAACAACUAAGAUGAGUAACGCAGUCACUCCGUCAAAGUGCACCCAUAAAACUUUUCUUUAUAAGAGGUCACCAAAACCUUAAACAAACUUAAGUUGAGUUAAUUUCCAAAGUAACCAUGGGGUAUGAGCUUCAAGUUAUCAUAUCAUCUAUCCUUGGUUUCCUUUUGUUCAUACUAAUAAAAAUUACAUGGAAAUCAACAACCAAGAAAACAAACUCCAAAUUACCACCAGGACCAAGAAAGCUUCCUCUCAUAGGGAACAUCCACCAGCUUGGAGCCUUACCUCAUCAAUCCCUAGCAAAAUUAGCACAACAAUAUGGACCUCUCAUGCAUAUGCAGCUUGGUGAACUUUCUUGCAUAGUUUUUUCAUCUCAAGAAAUGGCUAUAGAGGUAAUGAAAACACAUGAUCUCAACUUUGCAAAUAGGCCACCACUUCUUGCAGCUGAAAUAAUAUCUUAUGGAUUUAAAGGUAUGACUUUUUCACCACAUGGAUCAUAUUGGAGGCAGAUGAGAAAGAUUUGUACUAUGGAGCUAUUAUCACAAAAGCGCGUUGAAUCUUUUCGAUUACAAAGGGAAGAAGAAUUGGCAAAUUUUGUUAAAGAUAUAAUUUUGUGUGAAGGGUCAUCUAUAAAUCUUAGUGAGAAGCUUGAUUCAUUGGCUUAUGGAUUAACAUCAAGAGAAGCUUUUGGUGCAAAAGUUGAAGAUAAAGAAAAGUUUAGGAAACUUAUGAAGGAUCUUUCAAAGAUAGCUGCAGGGUUUUCUUUGGCUGAUUUGUAUCCUUCAAUUGGAAUUCUUCCAGUUCUUACAGGAUUAAGGCGAAAAAUCGAGAAGAUUCAUAGAGAAACAGAUAAGAUACUAGAGAACAUUAUAAGAAGUCAUAGAGAAAAGAAUUUAGAAACAAAGGCUGAGGAAGAAACAGGGGAGGAUCUUGUUGAUGUUCUUUUGAAGCUGCAAAAGGAUGGUGAUUUGGAACAUCCCUUAUCAGACAACGUUGUGAAAGCAACAAUUUUGGAUAUUUUCGGUGCUGGAAGCGACACUACAUUCACAAUUCUAGAAUGGACAAUGUCAGAAUUAAUUAAAAAUCAACUUGUAAUGAAGAAAGCUCAAGCUGAAGUAAGAAGUGUGUAUAACGAAAAAGGCAAUGUGGAUGAAAUAAGUCUUCACAAGCUGAAAUACUUGAGAUCAGUUAUUAAAGAAACACUACGUUUACAUCCACCAGGUCCAUUGUUACUUCCAAGAAUAUCUAGUGAAAAAUGUGAAAUUAAUGGUUAUGAAAUACCAGCCAAAAGCAAGGUAAUUGUUAAUGCAUGGUCAAUAUGCAGAGAUUCAAGAUAUUGGAUUAAUGCUGAGAAAUUUUAUCCAGAAAGGUUCAUUGAUUGUUCAGUUGAUUACAAAGGUGCUGAUUUUCAGUUUAUACCAUUUGGUGCUGGGAGAAGGACAUGUCCUGGCAUAUCAUUUGGUAUUGCUAACUUAGAAAUUUCACUUGCAAAUUUGCUUUUCCAUUUUAAUUGGAAUAUGCCUAAUGGAUACAAGGCUAAUGACCUUGACAUGACAGAAUCUUUUGGGUUGACUGUUAGAAGAAAACAUGAUUUGUGGUUGGUUCCCACCACUUAUCAAUCUAGUUAAGAAUAAUAUGUUAAAGUUCCUUGUUAUAAGUACUUAACAACAUAAACACUUGUGUUGAUUCCCUCUAUAUUACACUACACAUGAUUGUUACUGAUUAUUUAUAUGAGGAGGGUUAUAUUGACUCCAAGAGUAACUUUAAAGAGUUACUCCACAUCCCCACCCUUGAUUUUGUUUAGAUCUAAUGGAGUAAAUUUAAUUCUCAAUAAUAAUCAUAGACCUCAUCUUCCCUAAUUAUUCUUCACAACAUUAUGAUUCCCUCUUUGUCAAAAUUAAUACUUUUUUUUUAUUCUAUCAAUUAAAGAACAACAUAUAGGUCCCUAGAUCAAAAUCGUCAGGAAGAAGAAGAGAAAGGUUCUUGACAUAUUCUUCUUUAGGGUUAGGUUUAACAUAUAUAAGAUUACAAUUAAUCUUAAGGAAUGACACUUGACAUUCUUGAUAAUGUUUACAUGUCCCUAUAUAAAAUCAUCAACAAAUUCAAUCUGUUAAAAA